CGCCCCGCCCGCGCCCCGCGCCGGCGCUCGCCCACGCGGACCCCGGUGGAGGCGCCCCGCGCCCGCAGCGAGCCGAGCGCCCGCGCCGUGCCCGCGCCGAUCUCCGGUGGCCGAGAGCCCGCGCCGAUCUACGGUGGCCGCGUUGCUUCAACAGGUGGAUAUGUGAUUGUUGAUGAAAAGUUGCCUAGAUUUGUGGUCCCUGACUUGACUGGUUUCAAGUUGAAGCCAUACAUAUCACAGUGCGCUAGGGACCUCACAGCUUCAACAUCUGCUACUUCAGCAGAAACUACUGAAAACAAGAGCUGAGUUUUAUGUGACUGCUCGUCAAUUUGCCGGAAGUGGCUCAGGGGCUAACAGCGAGGUGGUGGAUCAGAGCUUAAGUUUUAGAUUGGUGCUUUCAAGGUUGGCCAGAAUUUGUUAGAGCACACCCUGUUCCAUCUUGCUCUUCCCGUCUGAUCAGAAUGGAUCCUAUGCAAAAUAAUGAAGGUCGUUCACCGUUUGAAGACUUGACAAACACCACCAAUCUAGGUCACAAGACAACAUCAAAUUCACAGGCACAAGUUGAUGAACGUGUGCAACGUAAAAGGGAAAGAGAAAAAGCACGGCAUGCAUCAAUGACUCAAACAGAAAGGGAUGAAAAAAAUAAAAAAAUAAGGGAAAAGUAUCAUAAAAAAAAGACAGAAACUGAAAUAUCUGUUGCCUCAAUAGGUGUUGGGGUUGAAUCUAACAAGGAAAACACAGAUGCCAUGAGUCUAAAAAGGGAAAGGGUAAAGGCGCGAUAUAUGGCGAUGACUCAGGAAGAAAGAAAUGAAAAAAAUAGAAAGCGUCGUGAACGAUAUCAUCAGAAAAAAUUAGUUGGAUUUCAAACAACCACAGAGAGCACUGAUGGCUAUGAAGAUAGUGAUUGGCUACAUCGAAACGACUCAUACAAUCCCAUGCAGAUUGAUAAAGAUAACACAUGUACCAUUUUGAUUUUUUUGUUCAUAUUACUAAGUAUUUUUUUCUUGUGUUUUUUAAUAUGGAGGCCAAAGUUAAAAUCAUGUUAUUAUAUAUAUGUAGAUGAAUACUCUGAUACAUGUAUAAAUCAAAGUGGCAUGAUUGACAUGACUGAUGCAUCACUUGAUAUAACCACAGGUGUUAUAAAUGCAUCCAGUUCCAUCGAUAAUUUAGUCAUGUGUCCAAAAGAGCGUAUGCGUGAGCUACAUAGAGCACGAAGGGCUGCAAUGUCUCCUGAACAAAAGGCGUUAUUAAAUAAGAGACGACGUGACUUGUACGCACAGAAAAAUGCUGCAAGAAAACUGCAAAUGACUCCACAAGAAAAGAAAGUGAAACGGAAAGAGAGCAAGAAAUACUAUAAUAGGAUGGUGAGGGAAAACCGAGCCAACAAUUUGCAUCCGGACUCAAUUGCCAUGGAGAGCCCUCAGUUCAACCCUCAAAUUAUUUUCCCUGCUUCACCUCAAUCGUCUGAAGCAUCUUUAGAUGAUAUGGAAAUACCUGAAUUCGGCGGCACGCCUGUCCACAUUGCACCAACUGUAGUUCAAAAUCCAGAAGUCCAGACCCCUGAAUUAGUUGCGGCACAGACCAUACAUAGACAUCAAGUGACCACUGGCGAGAGAAAUGCCCUUCUGUCCCGUCGCAAUCGGGUUUUUGAAGCAAACAUUGGAAGAAGCGCUAGAGGUUCUGCAGAUGGAAAAUGCAACGAUUCGAACGGACUGACUCAACCGAGUGUUGUUUGCAACGAUGGUGUCACCCAACAAACUCCAAUUCAAGCAUCUAAUAAUUGUAUAGGCACACAAACACAAUCGUCUGUAGCUGACGGUACCUCUUCAAUGCCUCCAUAUAGUGCACAAGAUCAUACAUCAGACUCUAUGGUCGAGGAUGACUAUGACGAAGAUGUAAUAUUUGAGGAGGACGAGGAAGAGGAUGAGGCAUACUUUUUCGUCGGUCAAGAAGACGAGGAGGAGGGAACCGAUGUCGACACAUAUGAGCAAGAGAAUAGUGAGCCUCAUGUCCCAGAUCCAUAUGACCGGGUCUAUGCUAAUGUCCCGUCAGAGUCCCACAUGUUACCCUUGGUGCCGAACUGCAAACACUGUAAUGCAAAGAAAUUCGAUGGCGAACCCCCUGGAUUCUGUUGUAGGGGUGGAAAGAUUCAUCUUUCAAGUCCCGAGACACCACCAGAGCUCAUGAGGUUGUGGUCAAGCUCGGACGCUGAUGCUAGGCACUUUCGUGCAAACAUCAGAUACUUCAACGGCCACUUCUCUUUCACAUCUUUGUACUGCCAUCUAGAUCGUAUCACCACUAACAUGCGAAUCUGUGGUGUCUGCACAUUUCGUGCCCAUGGUCAGAUUUACCAUAACAUACGAUCAUUUGGUAAAGAGGAAGGUGUCAAAAAAAGACACCUCGAACUUUAUUUUUAUGAUGACGACCCGUCCCUCGAGCAUCGCAUGAGCAAGUGUCGUGAGCAAUGUGCUCAAAAAGACAGAGAAGUUAUACAACAAUUGGUAGGGAUCCUUGAAGGGAAUCCCUACUCUCAGCAACUAAGAAGUAUGGGUCAUGUUGAAAACCUCGAGGAUUACCGAGUUGAGCUGAAACUUGACCAACGCCUUGAUCAAAGAACAUAUAAUGUGCCGUUGACAUCAGAGGUGGCUGCCGUAUGGGUUGAGGGUAGUGAGCGUCACGGCCAAUUUGAGCAUAGUGUUCUCCUCCAAGGGAAGGAUCGGUCUAUACAUGGCAUCCGCUCAUAUAAUGCAUGCUACGACUCACUAUCAUACCCGUUGUUCUUUCCAAAGGGUGAGCUCGGGUGGCACAAUUGCAUUCCAAAAGUGGGUGUAACUAUGGCUCAAAUUGAUCGAGCUCGAGCAACCCGUAAAAGGCGUGCUGAGAAUGGUGACGACGAUGGAGAACCUGUUUCAAAUACAUGUGUCUCAGUGCGCGACUACUAUUGCUACAAGUUUCAGAUGCGGCCAGGGAUAUUUAAUCCAAUACUCUAUGGCCGACGCCUUUUCCAGCAGUUUGCCGUCGACACCUACAUCAAGAUUGAGAGCUCACGUUUAGACUACAUGAGGAACAAUCAGGAUACAUUGAGGGCUGACUUAUACCAAGGCCUCGUGGAUAGCAUGCAUUCGGGUGAAGGGUCUGCUGAGAAUGUUGGACGGCGUACUGUGUUGUCUUCGUCAUUCAUCGGAGGACCCCGUGACAUGAGGCGUCGAUACAUGGACGCAAUGGCUCUGGUUCGAAAGUAUGGUAAACCUGAUAUCUUCCUCACAAUGACAUGCAACCCUAAUUGGGAUGAGAUCAAGAAUGAACUUUACCCAGGCCAGACACCACAGGACCGCCCAGAUCUCGUCACACGGGUCUUCAGAGCAAAGUUGGAUGCAAUGAGAAAAAUGUUGAUGGAGAAAGACAUACUUGGUAAGGUGAAGGCCUACGUAUAUGUAGUAGAGUUCCAAAAGAGGGGAUUGCCGCAUGCACACUUCUUGCUAAUAAUGGAACGAAAGUACAAGCUCACAUGUCCCGAGCAAUAUGACAUGAUCAUUAGUGCUGAGCUACCAAACAAGAAAAAAUACCCUGAGCUAUACAAGAUGGUCACGAAGCAUAUGAUGCAUGGUCCUUGCGGGACGCUUAAUCCAUCCUGUCCAUGCACGACAGGCCGUGGGUCAUGCAAGAACCGUUACCCACGGCCAUUCUGUGAGGCAACAUCACAGGGAAAGGAUUCAUAUCCCAUCUAUCGGCGACGCAAUGAUGGUCGCAUGCUAAAAGUUUGAGGCCACUACUUGGAC